AUGUCAACCCAAUCGAGAUGGCAAAUUGAAGCGCCUCUGUCCCAAAUCGCGCCACAGCAGACCCGCAGUCCUUGCGAAGCUAGACAAGUCUUCACAGCUGCCUGUAUCGAAGACCCUUCAGAAAUCUACGGGGCUUUGGAUCUAGCAGUGAUCAAGAUCAAAUUCCAGUGA